GAGCAGGGAGGGAGUGCUGGGAGAGAAGGGGUGCAGAGCUCCUCCAUCCUCUGCAGGGGCUCAGGAAGGGCAGGGAGCUGGGGCAGGACAAACAGCCACUGCUGGGACCGGUUUGUUCUCUCGGGAGACCCAUGGCAGAAUCUGUUUAAAUGCCUUCUGAGAGCCCCCAAACUCCCAGCAACAGCCAAACCUCAGGGUGCUGUGGGAGCUCUGCAUUCCUCAGGGAGCCCCCUGGCAGCACGUCUGAGCACCUGGGAGGGAGAACUGGGCCGUGUGUGUUGCUUUCUUAGAAUCUAUACCCUACUCAAGGAGGCUUUAAAUGAGCAUCAUCACACCCUGAACAUCCCACCAUGAACGGGUACCUGAAUGAAUCCAAUUUCCUGAUGGUGGAGGAGGGUUUCACCACCAGGGACCUCCUGGAGAACCUCCUCGGGGAGCUGUGCCAGGGGAGCGACCAGCAAGCCUUCUUCGUGGCAGACCUCGGGGACGUUGUGAAGAAGCACCUGCAUUUCCUGAAGGCCCUGCCCCGGGUGAAACCCUAUUUCCCAGUUAAAUGCAACAGCAGUGAAGGAGUGAUUCGGCUGCUGGCAGAGCUGGGGGCAGGCUUUGCCUGUGCCAACAAGGCUGAGAUCACGCGGGUUCAAGGCAUUGGAGUCCCAGCUGACAGGAUCUUCUACAGCAGCCCCUGCAAGCAGGUUGCCCACAUCAGAUACGCGGCCAAACACGGGGUGCAGCUGAUGACCUUCGACAACGAGGUGGAGCUGAGCAAGGUGGCCAGGAGCCACCCCCGUGCCAGGAUGUUGUUGGGGAUCACUGCUGACUCCAGCCCUUCUGCCCACCCGAGCAUGACAUUUGGGACCACGCUCAAAUCCUGCCGGCACCUGCUGGAGGCAGCGAAGGAGCAGGCUGUGGAGGUGGUUGGCAUCAGCUUCCACCUUGGGGGCCGUGGGCUGGAGCCCCAGGCCUUCGCUCAGGCCGUGGCUGCAGCACAGCUGGUGUUUGACAUGGGCACAGAGCUGGGCUACCAGAUGCACCUCCUGGACAUCGGCGGGGGCUUCCCCGGCACCGAGGACACCAGAGCCCGGUUCGAAGAGAUUGCUGCCGUGGUAAACUCUGCCUUGGACUUGUACUUCCCGGAUGGCUCCGGGGUGGAGAUUGUUGCCAGACCAGGGCGGUACUACGUCACCUCCGCCUUCACCUUCGCUGUCAGCAUCACUGCCCUGGAAGAGGUCCCCAUGGAGCAGCCUGGCUCUGAUGAGGAGGAGUCCGGCAGCAGGAAGAGCCUCGUGUAUCACCUCAACGAUGGCAUCUACGGCGCCUUCAGCUGCCUCCUGUUCGACAGCCCCUGCCCCAGGCCUCGGCUGCACAAGAGACCCUGCCCAGAGCACCCCUCCCACAGCAGCAGCCUCAGGGGCCCCCCUGGCCACGCCGAGGAUCGCAUCGCCGACGGGCUGGAGCUGCCCGAGCUGCACGUCGGGGACUGGCUGCUCUUUGGGAACAUGGGGGCCUACACCAUCCCAGCCUCAUCCCAGCUCGGGGGGUGUCCCCAGCCACACGUCACCUACGCCAUGUCCCGCAUGGCCUGGAAAGCCGUCCAGCUCUUCCAGGGAAAGCCCCUCCAGGCAGAAGACGACCGUGAGAGCCUCUGCACCCCCCUGUCCUGCGGCUGGGAGAUGGCAGAGACCCUCUGUGUCCCCCCGGUCUUCGCUCCCACCGGCAUCAUCUGAGCAGGGAUGGCACAGGGAGGGGAGGACCCAUGGUGGGGAAGGGCCCCGGGGUGGUACUGGUGUGGGGAAAGGUCUCAUGGUGGUACUGGAGGAGGGAAAGGUCCCACGGUGGGAAAGGUCCCCUGGCAGCACCAGGGGGAAGGAGGUGCCCUCCUACUGCUGCCACCGCCCCGCUCCACUCUCCCUGGGACUGCACUGGGAACUUCGAAGUAAAUCCUGUCCCAUGGAUCCUGUCCCAUAAAUCCUGCUCCUCCA